AUGCAACGAUCAUUGACGCAAAGGGAAAUUGAAGAAUGUUUUUGUGAAGAUUUACCUUCAGGACCUGAAAGUGAACCCAGUUCCGAUGAGGAUGAAAAUCUAGACACACCUGAGUGGCCAGUGUCAAAAUCGAUAUUGGAUGUGUGUGGGGCAGAUGUACAGAAUAUCCAUGAAGAGCUAUUCGACGACGAGGAUGACAUACCAUUAUCAAACUUUGUAAGUCAGAAUAAUAUUGUUAGCUCUACGACCUUGCAGCCUCCUAAAUGGAAAAGGACCUUCUCUAUGGAUAUACCUGGCGAGUUUGUUGAGAGUGUGGGCUUAGCUGAUCAUAUAAUCAGCUUGGAAGAUUUAACACCACUCCGAUUGUUUCACAUGUUCUGGACAGAGGACUUGGUUGAGGUCAUAAGCUUUCAAACUAACCUAUAUGCAACACAAGAAGGUAAACCUUUUUCUCCUACCAGUCCUUCUGAAAUACAAACUUUCUUGGCCAUAAAUAUGGUGAUGGGUAUAAAAAAGCUACCGAGUUACAAAGAUUACUGGUGUUCUGAUCCUGAUUUACGUGACUCCUACAUUUCCUCUUAUAUGCCCCUAAAUCGCUUCAGCUGGCUUCUUGGAUGCUUGCAUCUGAAUGACAAUAAUCUCAUGAGCGCUAGAACGCAUCUAGACUAUGAUAAGUUAUAUAAAGUCCGUCCUAUGCUUGAAAUUCUUCGCCGCAACUUCAGAAAUAAUUAUAAACCAUCCGAAUGUGUCGCGAUCGAUGAAAACAUGAUAAAAUGCAAAGAUGUGGAACAAGUUACUCGCAGGGAACGUGACGGAAGUGCAGCUAAGAUCGAUUGCCCUCUGGCUAUAAAGAAAUACAACAGCAAUAUGAACUUCGUUGAUAAAUUCGAUCAAAUAAAAGCGUGUUACUCCAUCGACGGAAAAUCCCAAAAGUGGUUGCACCGAAUUUUUUUUCAUUUCUUAGAUUGCUGCGUCAUCAAUAGCUAUAUAGCUUACAAAGAGCUUCAGAUUAACAGACCUCAUUUGGAUGAGUUGACAUUGAAGGACUUCCGCGGCUCAAUUUAUCAGUGGCUGUUAGCAGCUUGCUACGUAAAAAGCGAGCUGGAGGAAGUUCCGCGAUCAGCAAUGGUUCAAGCCCAAGAUCUCCUGUACCAGUUGCUAUAA